CUGAACGAUUGUUAUAAAACUAAUUGGAAGCAAAUGUCACUCCGUACUGGCAAAAACAAUCACUUUCCGGCACCUGCUGAGCUUAGAGGAGCAGUUGUAUUCACAGGACCAGAUGCUUCAAGAGAUUUCAGACCAAAAUUCUCUGACUUUCCUUAUUACAUUGGUGAGAGUCAACAUGUAUCUGCUGAAAGUACUGGAAAUCUAAACUACUUAUAUCGUGCUGCACCUUAUGGUUCAUAUCAGAUACCCAAGCAACAAUACGUGGGAGAGAUUGGCUGGGGAUGGUGUUUAGGCCUGAAACUAAACAAAUCCAAUCUCUUAAGUGGCAUGCAAUUCAAGCAAGGAGAGUUCCGACAGCGGGCUGCAGACAAAAUAACUCAUCGCUAUCAAAAUCCAUGGCAACAACCUCCAGCUGUUCUUGAUCAGCAAAGUCUUGGCAGAGCUUUUCUGGCAUGGCCACUUAAGAAAUUUAGAAAGCCUGGAGAAUGCACACGGCCUAAAAAAGCUGCAGUGAGCCCAUUUUGCGAGAGUGGCAUCGAUACACUUUAUGCAAGUCAAGAUGGUGAGAAACAAGACAUCUGUAAAAAAGAAGACAAAGAUCCACUUGAUCUUGAAGAACAAGGAUUCAUCUCUGAUGAUAUUUAAUUCAGGAUUUCCCACCUCAUUAUUUCUU